AUGAUGGCGACGGUGCGCCGCGUUGUGUGGGUGCUGGCCGCUGCUCUGUGCUGCACGACCCUGGGCGUGACGGCUGCUGCUGAGAGCGCUGUGCUUCCCGCUGUUGGUACUAGGGAGGCAGCGCAGGCGAAGGUGGAGGCCUUUGCUAAAGAUGUGUCAAAAGCCGGGGAUGUACUGCGCCUUGCUGAGGAGGCUUAUUCCAGAGCUGGAGAGGCAAAGAGUAUGGUCGAUAAUUUCGUGCAGAAGGCGACCAAAGCAAAGAAGAAUGCCGAAACAGCAGAGAGUAUGGUAAAGGAGACAGUGACAAGUAUUACCAAAGGAGAGAGUGAACUGAAGAAGGUUGCGGAGUUGAAUAUUGCUUCAGGUCAGGCAGUGCCAUUUGAUGUGAAGGAUCUCACGGCUGGUGCUGAGGAUGCAAAAACUGCGGUGGAAAAGGCCACGAGUGCUGCGGGAAAUGCCACUGAGGCGAAGAAGUUACUCGUGGAGGCGAUGGACCAUGCAAAGAAAGUACUGGACCGCGCAAAGAAGUUGAAGGAACUGCCAGCAGAAGCAAAUCCGAAGAGCGCCCUGGAUUUUUUGAACGGCAUCCAGGAGGCGAAAAAAAUAGUUGUUGCAACGCCGCCGAAACCCCCUGCAGUAAAAGUGACAUUUGAGAAUGAAAACUUUGUUGCUGUACUUCUUGUUCUAAGUGGCCAAAUGGCUGUGGAGCAGAUUGAGCAGGCACUGACGAGUAUCAAUAAAGCAGUAACUCAUGCUUCAGACGCUAAAGAUAAUGCUGCCAACGCAGAAAAGUCUUUGAAAACCCUUGUGAACACAGAAGGAAAAGUAACCAUAACCGAGGAGGGCAAGCAGUUUGCGAAAAAGGCAAAUAAAGCUGCCGGAGGUGCAAUGACGAACGCAAAGACAGCAGAAACGAGUGCUAACCAAGCCGUUCAGAGUAUUGAUAAUGCAGUGACAGCAGCCGAGCAGGUGAAGAAACAUUCAGACACAGCGUUAGACCCCGCUAAAGCGGCAGUCGACGCGGCUAAGAAAGCGAAGGCCAAGGCGGAUGCUGCGCUGGCCGAUGCAAGGAAAGAGUUGAAGAAAUUCCCCAAGAAAGUGGAGAAGCCUGAGACGCAGCUACCCAAGGCGGAGGAACCGUCCACUGACCACAAAUCCAGCCAGGCAGAAGUCACUGGACCCCUGCCGACGGACCAACCUGCCAAGACGCAGGAAAAAGUCAGUGGGACUGCAGGCGGAUCUAACAUUGGGGUGAAAGACGGCAGCGA